AUGGCGCCUCCUUGUGAACUUUCUGACGAUGAGGAAAUUGUUUUUAAAUCUGGAGUUCACCAACAGCAGAGUAAUCAUGAAUAUCAAAUUGAAAUUGAAAUGAAAGAGAAGAAUGAACUGAAAAAUGAUUCUUCUGUACCUUCGAUUGAACAGGAAAUUGCGUGUCAGAAUGAUGAAUGUAUCGAACCAGAAUUAAUCAUGAAUAGAUGUAUAAGAGAUUCGAAAGAAAUAGAGGAUAUAGUUCCACAGAAACUUGUGAUUCAAGGAGAUACAUGUGAAAGUACAAACGUGAAUUUGUUGGCUGAACAGAGAGAAGACUGCUAUCAGUAUACACAAUCAUUCAAAGCCCAGAUAAGUUCUACCUUGGCUGGUUUCUCAAAUACGACUUCGAUACAUGGACCAAAGAGAAUACUGAAGGCGAGGGGUAGAACGUCAAGAGCUGGAUGGACAUUUGUGUUCAUUGGCGUUGUGAGUCUUGCGGUGUAUCUCAUAGCAGGUGUGGUAGUAAAAUAUUAUUCAUAUCCCAUAGAGGAUGGUAUAUCAAUCAAAACGCAAUCACUUGCCUUCCCAUCUGUGACACUAUGUCCUCUUAUACCAAACGAUGACUUCCUAGUAAUGUCAGAUUUAGAAGCUUAUUGGCAAUCAAAUCAGGGAGAUAAAUAUUUGCUUUAUACUCUGAAAGCUUAUAAGUAUCUCAUAGGAAAAGACAGGCUUGUUUCCGAUAUUCGAACAGACUUUCCGAAAAACGAAUCUAGUUUUUCAAAUGCUUUAAUUCAAAGCUGGUUGGAUUUGUCUUCCUGGCUUUCUGAGAAACUAAGCCCAGUGUCUCGAUGGCAAGUGGAGAACUUUCCCUUAAAUGACAUCAAUAUCAAUGUCAGUGAGAUUGGGCCAACUAAAGGACUGUCAUCAGAUGAUAUCAAUGUUGCAGGUAUGGAUCCUGUCAAGGAACAGGACUUUAUCUUGGAAUGUGUGUAUAAUGACAAGCCGUGUGAUGAACAAUUUAAUGUCACAAAAGUAACGACUGCUUACGGACAAUGUUUCACACUGAAUAUCAGUGAAUCAGCCGAAGAUGUCAAUGAGAUUGGCCCAAAUAAAGGACUGACAUUAAUACUGUACACAGGGCGGUAUAACCCUAUACCUAUUAGACCAAACUUCUACAUGCCAACAAUGGGCUUUUCAUCUACAUAUGCCCAGCCUAGUGAUGGUGUGCAAAUAGUCGUUCACAACCCGGGGACAAUGCCGCAACCUUACAGAGAAGGUUUUCAUGUCACACCUGGCAGAUUGACCUCAGUGAAAAUUACCAAAACUGAACGUACACGAUUAGUGCCGCCAUAUGGUGAUUGCACUGAUAAAGACUAUUUAGUGAAUUCUGAAUUUAGAUACUCAUAUGAGAUGUGCGUGGAGCAGUGCUUACAGGAGAGAAUCAUACAAAAAUGCGGCUGUGUAUCACCAAUGUACAUUAUUCCCGCGGAUCACAAUUUCAGUUUGAUACAAUACUGUGGAAACAUAUCCAAAAUAUUUGGAUUUUCCGAAAAUAAGAAUUGCAUCCAUUCAAAUAGUUGGAUGACCAGAGGAAGCAUGUGUUUGUAUGGAACACCUCAGUUGAGACUACGCAUGAUCAACCUUGCAAAUGACAUAAUCGAUAGACUAAAAUGUGAACAAUAUUGGUCAAAAUCUAGCAUACAAUCUUGUAAAUGCAGAAGGCCCUGCAAGGAAAACACAUACAUACAUCUCAUCAACACAAUCCCCUGGCCAGAGAAGAGUGUCGUUAGCAACGAUGGACAAAGGGGGUUCCUAAAAUUCCGACAGAAGCACAAAAAUAUUGAUAAAACAUUUAAACUAUUUGAACGGGAAUUAAGGCUGUAUACGUACCUUUGGGAUCAUCAAUUUGAGGUGUUCGAAGAUUGUUUCGACCAUAACAUUACUGACGGACAUAAACAAUACAAUAUAAAUUCACUGAUUGAAAAUAUAGUUGAUACUAACUUCUUAAAAUUGAACAUUCAUAUUGAAUCUCUGGAUGUAAGAACAGUGUACGAGGAAAGAACCUACACAUAUGACAACGUAAUGAAGGACAUAGGUAAUGUGUUUGGCUUUUACCUCGGUAUGUCUGCAGUUUCUGUUGUAGAAGGUGUGUAUAUAAUUGGCGUCCUGAUCAAACUGAUAAUAUACAGAAUGAUGUGUCGACGCAAUUGAUUCGUCAGCAAUUUUCUGUAUUCUAAAAUAAUAGAAUGCACCAAUUUUAUGUAUCCACAUGAAUUAAUUUACACGUGAAAAGAGCAUCGAGAGUCAUUUUAUAGUAUGUUUAUUAGGAGGCCCUUCCAAGGGGCCUCCUAUAGUUUUUGUAGUUAUUCUUCUUAUUAUU